AUGAGAUGUAAAUAAUUCUAUCGUAAUUUCGUAAAGCGGAUUUGUCGUCGACGUGUCGUUGGUUAAAUAUGCAAAUAGAUUUUUUUUUUUUUUUUUUUUUUUUUUCUAAUUUCACAACAGUUGAAAUCUCCGCACCUUCGCAAGUUCAUCGUACCCUGUGUACAGUGCCACGCACAGUUUCAAGGACGCUCCGUUUGAUUCGUUGAUAUAUUUAUUACCGUCGUUAUUGUUCGCAUUAUCGUUCGAUUGCCACCAUUCAUUCUCGUCGUUACUAUAAAGGUAUGAUUUUCUCGAAAACGAAAUUACAUUUGUCUCUCUGUGUAGAAUAAUUUCUUCUCUGCGUCUUUUGUCAGAAAUGUACAGACAGACGAGGGAGAGACUGACAGAGAGAGGAAGAGGGAGAGAACGAAAGCUCUGAAUUUUCUUGUAUUUUAUCAUUCGAAAAUCUGAUUUUAGGUGGUCAUGAUCAGCAGGUAUCGAUGUCGGGAUAUAAUAUUUCUAAUAGCCUGUUUCUUUCUUCAGGUAAAUAUAAAAUAUAGUUUGGACACGUGCGACGAUGUUGUGGUUGUUUCGUUUGAAUUUUACAAAGUUUGAUCGAGAGAUACCAACGCGUUCCACGUGUUUGUUCCGACGAGACUGCGAUGAUUGAUUGAUUAAUUACGUUAAUUCAAUCGCGAGAUCUUUUCCGUUCAGACGUACGAGAUUCUUCGAUAUCGUAAAAAUAACUAAACUUCGCUUCGUGCUCUGCUAAGAAUUGUGUAAUUGUGAAAUUGCAAUUGUAAAUGACGUUUCAACGUGUUUUUGCAUCGCCGAUUCUGUUUGCAGUGAAACCGAAAUAUUUCUAGUUGUCCAAAGUGAUGGUUUUUUUCAUCAAGGUUCCUGAUUGCGUUCACGUGCACGGUCAUGGACGUUUGAUGGACCCACCUGCACGAAACAGUAUGUGGCGUUUCGGAUAUCCAAAUCCUGUAAAUUACAACGACAACGAACUCUUCUGUGGCGGAUACGCAGUGCAAUGGGUGGAGAACAAGGGCCAAUGCGGAGUCUGUGGCGACGCUUAUCACUUGAAAGAACCGAGACCACACGAAGCGGGUGGCGAAUAUGCAAAGGGCACUAUCGUUCGGCAUUACACGGUUGGUCAGGAUAUCGACGUUGAGAUCGAGCUUACAGCCAACCAUCUAGGAAGAUUCGAAAUGUAUCUUUGUCCGAACAACGAUCCAAGGCAGGUGGCAAGCCAGGAAUGCUUCGAUAGAUACUCGUUUACUCUGAUGAAAUCAUUGGUUGUUCGAGGUAUCCGUUGUACGUGUCUGGAACGCGGGACGUUCGAUUCGAGAUACCUGUGGACACUGAGAGAAAAGCUAUAUUUCGAUACAAGGUAACAUUACCGCCGUACGUCACUUGUACGCAAUGUGUCGUUCAAUGGAACUACUACACUGGUAACAUGUGGGGCACUUGUGAAAACGGGACUGAAGCGAACGGAUGUGGAAGACCGGAGACGUUUCGAAAUUGCGCCGAUGUGAGCGUCGUUACCAGCACGGCUGGAGUUCCACCCCUCUUCGUACAACAGGACAAUCCCUUUUUGCUCUAUUACAAAGACUACCGUUCUCCCAACGACAUAUUCCCACUCGUCGUUAGAUCUCAAGUGUGCCUGUCCACUUCCCUUUACCGCCGUAUACCAGGCAUGAGCGACUGGUGUCAAACUAAUUGCCUUCGCUAUCCGCCAAACUGUCCAGCAGCCAUUUGCCAAUGCCCGGAAGUGUGCGACGCGAUCGGAGACAUUGCUGGCAAAGACGGCGCGAGCGUUUAUUGCAUGGACAAGUGUCUGGUCUAUCCUUCCAAUUGCCCUUCGGAACGUUGCCGCUGUUAUUGAACGACAAAUUUCAAUCACGCGUCCGAGAAUGAUUCGACCUCGCGAGGAAUUGAAACGCUGUACACACACUUCGGACGAUGCUUCUGUAUCUUUGCACCUAUUGCACGCAACUUGAAGACGCAAGAAUUGUUGCAGGUCAAUUUCCAAUAUCUCGAUAACCAUAAUUUGUUCGAAGAAAACGAACGCCUCGUCGAGCAUGCCCGCUUAUGAGAAAUUUCAUUGAAAUUCAACACUUUAAAUCAAAACUUAUUUCAACGACUUGGCAUCUGCCAUUACGUUCCAUCUGAUUUUGUACAGAAAUACGAUCGAUGUCUGCUAUUAAACGACUUGCGCACCAUGGAUAACUGUUUCAAAUUUAUUUCGCUACCACACGCGUUGAAUAAUAAGUACGUAUGAUCGAC